AGCACAUGGCCGAAGGAAAGCUCACCCCGCACUACUUCUCUGGCGUACGUAGCGCGGCCACACACACACACCAGCAGCUAUCGUCGUCGAACACUGGAGCCAGCCAGCAGAAGAGAGCGCGCACUAGCUCCAACCUCCACGAACACUUCGCCGAUCGUUAUGAUGGCGAGUCCGGCGUUCUUGCUGCUGCUCUUGCUGGCCGUGUCGAUCAGGGGAUCAGAGGCGGAGUGGUGCGUGUGCAGGUCGGACGCGAACGAGACGGCGCUGCAGGAGACGCUGGACUACGCGUGCGGGCAGGGCGCGGACUGCGCGCCGGUGGCCACGGGAGGGAGCUGCCACAGCCCCGACUCGGUGGUGGCGCACUGCUCCUACGCGGUCAACAGCUACUACCAGAGGAGCAGCCAGACCAAGGGCGCCACCUGCGACUUCGGCGGCACCGCCACCCUCUCCUCCGCCGACCCCAGCUCGGGAACCUGCAAGUACCCUGCAACCGCAAGUGCGGCUGGGACGAGCACCGGGAACGGCACAGGGACAGGCUCCGGCGCCGGCACCAACUCGUCUUCCCCGGGCUCGACGAACCCAGCUACGCCCGGCAUGGGAGGGAGCUUCACCACGCCGAUCGGCAGCGCGUCCGGCCCUACGGCGAGCAUCAUAGGCCCCGAGAGCAGCGGUGUCGCUGCCGCUGCGGCCGCUUUCGCUGGCGUCCGUGGCCUCGUCGGCGUCGCCGUGGCCUCCGUCCUCGCUUUCUAGGUGCGGUGUUGAUCAUGAAGCAGCGAGAAACGUAGUGCAUUCUUUUUAAUCAUCUCCAAUUCCUAGUGCGUUGUUGCUUUGGUGGAGACGUGCUGUCGUUCUGCUUUAGUGUUUGUCUGUGUACGCCUUUAAUGCUCUUUUAGUCCAUGUAUAUGGAGUUUUAUUUCUUUGCCUCAUGUCGAUGUCGUAUUUGUGUCCCGUGAAACAAUUUGCAUCAUGGAUGUGAUGUUACUGCA